UAAUUUCGUCACGGUCCCAGCUGUCGCGCGCCGCUGGCUCUGCUGAACCAACAACAGCCAUCCUUCACAAACUGGGAUACUUUUCUCCCCGGAAGUUGGAAUACUGUGGUAGCUCUUGAACUUUUUGUGUUAUUUAUCGCAAAUUUAACGUACCAGCUUCGAGUUCAGCGUAACGUGAAAUGAGAGAAUACUCUGGAAACAUGUUUUCAGACGACUAGACUCCAGAUAUGCGCAUUACUUUGCUGAAACACGAGGAACAGCUGUCAGUGAAGUCAAGUCGUUUUCAUCAAUGGAACACUCCUCUGUAUUAGGAGUUCGUUUAUCCCUAAAGCAGCGAUAUUUUCUCCUCAUCCUUAUUGCUGCUGCAGUGAUCAUUACUUAUCAGUUUUCAAGGAGCCAUCCUGAAGUUGUAAGAAUGCACCGUGUAGAGGGUCUGAGGGCCGACUCGUCGCAGUUCACCUUAGAGAAGAGACCGUUACGGAUCCUGGGAGGCUCUGUGCAUUACUUCAGAGUUCCCAGAGCCUACUGGGAGGACCAACUGCUGAAGAUGAAGGCAUGUGGCCUCAAUACUCUCACCACGUAUGUGCCGUGGAACCUGCACGAGCCAGAGCGAGGGCGGUUUGACUUUGAGGAUCAGCUGGAUUUAGAGGCUUACCUUCGCCUUGCAGCCAGCUUGGGACUCUGGGUGAUUUUGCGUCCUGGACCGUACAUCUGUGCUGAAUGGGAUUUAGGUGGACUACCAAGCUGGCUGCUGCGAGAUGAGAAGAUGAAACUUAGAACGACCUACUUCGGCUUCACAGAUGCGGCCAGCUCCUUCUUUGAUCAGCUCAUCAGGAGAGUUGUUCCUCUUCAGUACUCCCAGGGCGGCCCCAUCAUAGCAGUUCAAGUGGAGAACGAAUAUGGCUCCUAUGCUGAAGAUGACAAGUACAUGCCUUUCAUCAAAGAGGCGCUGCUGUCCAGAGGAAUCACAGAGCUGCUUCUGACCUCUGACAACAGAAACGGGCUAAAGCUCGGAGCAGUGAAAGGAGCACUGGAAACACUCAAUUUUCAGAAACUGGACUUGGAUGUCAUCAAGUAUCUGGAUGAAAUUCAGCCUCAGAAACCCAAGAUGGUGAUGGAGUACUGGUCUGGCUGGUUUGAUCUCUGGGGUGGCCUUCAUCACGUUUACACUUCUGAGGACAUGAUACCAGUGGUCACCGAGAUUCUGAAGCUGGACUUGUCCAUCAAUCUCUACAUGUUUCAUGGAGGGACCAAUUUUGGCUUCAUGAAUGGUGCACUAGCUGUUGGAAUACCAGCGCCUAAACCUGUGAUAACAAGCUACGAUUACGAUGCUCCAUUAUCCGAGGCUGGGGAUUACACCACCAAGUAUCAUCUUCUGAGGAAUUUAUUCAGCCGCUACCACACUCAGCCUCUUCCUGAACUGCCUGCUUUACGAGAGAAGAGAGCAUAUCUGCCGGUCAUCAUCCAGCAGCACCUGUCUCUGUGGAACAGUCUGCAUCUAACUCAAAAGCCCUUGAAAUCUGAGAAGCCACUGAACAUGGAGAACCUCCCUGUGAACAAUAACAACGGUCAGUCUUAUGGCUACACACUGUAUGAGACCACCAUCACCGGCGGAGGAUUGCUCAACUCAAAGAACAACAUCAAAGACAGAGCACUGGUUUUCGUUGACAAACAAUUCGUUGGUGUUUUGGACUAUAACGUGCAGGAACUUGCAGUACCUGAUGGGAAGGGAAGGAGAACUCUGAGUUUUCUGGUGGAGAACUGUGGGAGGGUAAAUUAUGGGAAAACUCUGGAUGAGCAACGCAAAGGUCUCGUUGGAGAUAUUGAGUUGAACGCACACGUCCUUCGAGGCUUCACUAUUCAUAGUCUAGAGAUGAAGCCCAGCUUUGUAAACAGACUUGAGACUUCAGGACACUGGGCAUCUGUUCCCCAGCGGCCCUCCUUUCCAGCCUUUUUUCUGGCCAGACUUUAUGUGAACAGCUCUCCUAAAGACACCUUCAUCAAACUCCCUGGCUGGAGCAAGGGCGUUGUGUUUCUAAAUGGCAAGAACCUGGGACGCUACUGGUCUGUUGGUCCUCAACAAACUCUAUAUGUUCCUGGUCCCUGGCUUCACAGAGGAGACAAUCAGGUCAUAGUGUUCGAAGAGCAGGAAACUGAUGGUAAAAUCCAGUUCACCAGCAGCCCUGACUAUGGUAUGACGGUAGAUGUCCAGUGAAGCGGACAAACAUCAGAGUGGAAGGAUUUUGAGCAGAGCAGUGUGCGGAGGACAAUAUCGCACUCUGCUGCCCGCACCUUCUCUGCUGAUCAUCGUGUUCCAUGAGUGGUCCAGGGUGUAAACUUCUUCUUCCCUGUUCACACCACCAACAUCGACAGUGCUCUGGGGAAGGCACAAUAUGAACACUGGAUUGUUCUCAUAUUACUGUUAAAUCUGUUCAGUCACCGUAAUCUGGAGCUAAUUUGUCUGCAUGAGAAUCUCAGAUGACAAGUUGGGAGUGUCACAACUUUUUUUUCUGCCUGCUCUGCAGAUGGACGAGCCAUUGCUCAGAAUUUCUCUUUCAGCAGCUUUGGGAGUCUAAAAUAUUCCUUCACAGGAGACUUGAUGCACUAGGUGGAAACGGUUUGUUGGGGUUAUUAGGAGCGAACAAUUCGUAAGCUUUAACUUACUUUUGGAUUCUUCAAUAAAUUCUGUAAAUAUGGGAAUAUUUACUCAUUUAUUAAUUAAUUAAGAUAUUCUUAGAUAUACGGGGCACCAUUCCCCUUUAACCGGGGAAAAAUUGAAUCCAAAACUCUUAUCAGUCUUUCUUGAAGUUCGUAGAAUCCUUGGAGCAGAGACUUCUCUUCGACACAACAAAGCUACUGGAGACGAAAAUCUGAAUUUUAUAACGUUUAAUUAACAAUUUGUCAAAUGAAUAAACAGUGGCAUAGAUGAAUAAUAACCAUGUGAUAUAAAAGGAUGUAUAUUCAAAAUAAUGUUCAAG